AAUGGGAGGCUCGCCGGCAGGGGCGGGGGCCGCGCAGUCGGGGAGUUUCAGGAACUGGAGGAGCGGGCGGCGGCCGGAGUCACCCGGAGCCCAGACUCGGGGCCGAGGCGGAGCUGUCGCCGCCGCCGCCGCGCCGCGGCCCAGUCGUAGCCGCCUUCACGCUCGCCUGCCCGCCGCGGGCCGACUGCGCGGCGCGGGAGAGGAGCCGGCCGUCCCGGGCCGGGGAUCCGCCCGCCAUGGCCACCAAGGCUCGGGUUAUGUAUGAUUUUGCUGCUGAACCUGGAAAUAAUGAACUGACAGUUAAUGAAGGAGAAAUCAUCACAAUUACAAAUCCGGAUGUUGGUGGAGGAUGGCUGGAAGGAAGAAACAGCAAAGGAGAACGAGGUCUUGUUCCUACAGACUAUGUUGAAGUUUUGCCCAAUGAUGGGAAAGAUCCGUUUUCUUGUGGAAAUUCAGUGGCUGACCAAGCCUUCCUCGAUUCCCUCUCAGCAAGCACAGCUCAAGCCAGUUCUUCAGCUGUCAGCAGUAACAACCAGGUCAGCAGUGGCAGUGACCCCUGGUCAGCCUGGAGUGCCCCCAAAUCUGGAAACUGGGACAGCACAGAUGGCUGGGGAGCCAAGCCAGAGGGGGCUGCAGCCCAGAGAAAUGCUUCCAAUAACUGGGACACUGCCUUUGGUCACCCCCAGGCCUACCAAGGACCAGCAACCGGUGAUGAUGAUGACUGGGAUGAAGACUGGGACGACCCCAAGUCAUCGUCUCCCUACUUCAAGGAUUCAGAGUCGGCCGAAGCAGGAGGUGCUCAGCGUGUGAACAGCCGACCUGGCAGUUCUUCCAUGAAGCUGCCCCUUAACAAGUUUCCCGGAUUUGCGAAACCUGGGAUGGAACAGUAUUUGUUGGCCAAGCAACUAGCAAAACCCAAAGAGAAAAUUACUAUCAUUGUUGGAGAUUAUGGCCCGAUGUGGGUUUAUCCUACCUCCACAUUUGACUGUGUGGUAGCAGAUCCCAGGAAAGGGUCCAAAAUGUACGGGCUGAAGAGCUACAUUGAAUAUCAGUUAACGCCCACUAACACUAAUCGAGCUGUAAACCACAGGUAUAAACACUUUGACUGGUUAUAUGAGCGCCUCCUGGUUAAGUUUGGGUCAGCCAUUCCAAUCCCUUCUCUUCCAGAUAAGCAAGUCACAGGUCGCUUUGAAGAAGAAUUUAUCAAAAUGCGCAUGGAGAGGCUUCAGGCCUGGAUGACCAGGAUGUGUCGCCAUCCAGUAAUUUCAGAAAGUGAGGUUUUCCAGCAAUUUCUGAAUUUCCGGGAUGAAAAGGAAUGGAAGACGGGGAAGCGGAAGGCGGAGAAGGACGAGCUGGUGGGAGUCAUGAUAUUUUCCACCAUGGAGCCGGAGGCGCCCGACUUGGACUUGAUAGAGAUAGAACAGAAGUGCGAUGCUGUUGGUAGAUUCACCAAAGCCAUGGAUGACGGCGUGAAGGAGCUGCUGACGGUGGGGCAGGAGCACUGGAAGCGCUGCACAGGACCAUUACCCAAGGAAUAUCAGAAGAUAGGAAAGGCCUUGCAGAGUUUAGCAGCUGUGUUCAGUUCUAGUGGUUAUCAAGGUGAAACCGAUCUCAAUGAUGCAAUAACAGAAGCAGGAAAGACUUAUGAAGAAAUUGCCGGUCUCGUGGCAGAACAGCCAAAGAAAGACCUGCAUUUCCUGAUGGAAUGUAAUCAUGAAUAUAAAGGUUUCCUUGGCUGCUUCCCAGAUAUUAUUGGCGCUCACAAGGGAGCAAUAGAAAAAGUGAAAGAAAGUGAUAAACUGGUUGCAACGAGUAAAAUCACCCCACAGGACAAACAGAACAUGGUGAAACGCGUCGGCACAAUGUCUUACGCUUUACAAGCUGAGAUGAAUCACUUUCACAGUAACCGGAUGUAUGACUACAACAGUGCCAUCCGCCUGUACCUGGAGCAGCAGGUGCAGUUCUAUGAAACGAUUGCAGAGAAGCUGAAGCAGGCCCUCGGCCGCUUCCCGGCGAUGUAGAACAGAACGGAACAUGAAGGAAACUCCGAAGUGCUUCUUUCUGACUUGGGGCAGUGGAAUUUAAUUUUAACCCCUAUCAUCCAAAAAAUAAAAAUAAAAAGGAAAGAAAGAAUGAAAACCAAAAAGGAAAAGAGCUGCAAAAAACUGUUUGCUUUACCAGCCUAAAGGCAUCAGUGAUAUAGUCUUCUUCUUUUUAUUCUUUCUACACCCAUUAUUUAAACCAAUGGCAAUUGUCUCUAUUUGGGGGAUAUACUUGAAAUGAUCAGAAUUUUGAAUAGAAAAUUAGAGGUUUCCCCCACUGAUGUUUUACAUAAAAUUGUAAUUUAUAAGUCACCCACAGUUUUCCAGUUCUUACCCAAUGUCAGGUAAUUACUAAUUGCUUUCUUAAAAAUAUGAAAUAUGCCAGAAUAAAAGCAUAUAUAUGUUUGUAUAUUUUUAUAAUUUUCAAUCCUUUGGGAUUCCUGUCUAUUUAGGGAAAUCUACAUGCCUUUCACUGACACAUUUAUGACUCAAGUGCUUACUUUUUCAGGAGAGGAAGCAAAGAGGGGCCCCUGGGGCUGCCAGCACCCUCACUGCGUGUCGGUGCCUCACGUGUCCCCUCAGGAGACACGGCUUGGCAGAAACUGACGGUCAGGUUCCCUGGCCCUCGCCUGGGAGCACUCUGAAGUGUUGUCUUCCAUGGGGAGUGCGUUCUCUCCUCGCACUUCCUUCCUAAGCGUGGCAAGCUUUAUGCCAAAAAGAAUGAGGUUAGGGACGUUUUUCAGAAGCUCCGACGGUGCUCCCGAGUGGAACAGCCCUGUGCUGCCCCCGUGCUCAGGAAGGAGAGUGCUCCAGUGGGACGGACUCGCUCCUGCAGAGCUGCUCACCUGUUUUCAGUCCUCAGCUGCCCAGGCAGACGGAAUGAGAACGGCCAGUGAGAGCGCGAUUUGCCUCUUGAUUUGGAUUGUAGACGAGUGGGCCAGUUGGUAUUGUCUCAAAAGGGGAAAAAGCUUCAUAAACCUCUCCCACCCCCACAAAAUGGAAAAGCUUAGGGACUGACCAGGGUGGCAGUCGGAAUAAUGUGCGGUAACCCCAGAGCUGUCGUGUUGAAGAAAAACUACAGCGAUGCUCUUCCUGACUAACCAAAACCCAGGCAGAACUUUCCAGGUCACUAGUACUUCAGUUAAUGGCAUGAAGCGGAAUCUGCAGACCGUCAGCUUUAAGCCUGAGCACUCGCACCGUCUUACUCCUGCAGACGCGCGUUUCCGUCUCCCGCAGUUGCCUUACUACGUUAUUAUCGUCACUGCUUUCGUUUAUCUGGCCUGAUAAUUAUAUUACAGAAAAUGAAAAAUUUGGGCCAGCACAAAUAAAGUAAAACCAAAAAAUAAGUAGAAGAGGAAAUCAGAUGAACAUGAAUUUAAGAACUACUUGUUCUUUAAUAUCACGGGUUUUUGUUAAUGUUUUAUAAGGAAUUUUCCCUACUUGAUUUUUCUUUUAUAAAAUCUCAUAGAACAGUGUUUAUGAUAUAGCCAUUUAAUAUAUGUACAAAUUGUAAAGAAUAUGUAUAAAUGUUUUACACAAAUGUAAGCAUGUAGAAGCCAACAUAUAAAUUGUUUAAAAAAACUGUACAGUAAAUCCUCAAAGCACUUUUUAAAAACACUA